AUGGUUGCUAUGGUCGCAGAGCCCAUGGGCAGCCUGCCGGGAACCCCCUUCGAGCCUAUGAAGGUCCAGCCAUCCGAUAUGGUAUCCCUGCUGAAGCUCAUCCAAGACGCGAACACUUACAGCUUCGACAGCAGCUUGAACAACGUGAUGAAGCUGCAGAUCACUGAGCCGCAGUUCGUGAACCUCUCGGCAGAUGAGCCCGCCGCACGCCGCGCGCGCAAGAAGAAGAACGCCAACCGCAAAGGCCGAGAAGGUGGCUCCAGCCCGAGCUCGGCUUCGUCGUCUUCAUCCUCCGAGGCUUCCCUGGGCAGCCUGGGUCAUCCCUGGAUGUGCCGUCGGCCCUGCGUCUAUGUGGCCACUCACAAGGCCGCUUGCCCCAACGGCUCGGACUGCAACUACUGCCACCUGAGGCAUCCGCAACGCCGCGCCACCUUCGACAAACGUCAGCGCGAGUUCUUCCGAUCUCUGGAAGAAGGCGACCUCCUCUCUGUCAUCCUUCCCCACCUCAAGACGAAGGCCGCCAGCAUGCCUCCCUCGGCGCAGAAGGUUCUGGGGCUCCUCAGCGCACGCUGCCUCGCGGCGCGCCAGGGCUCAACGGCCCAGGUGGAGCUUCCUGAGAACUUGAAUGCUGUCCUGGAGCACAUGAACUUCGCCUGGCUGGUCACCCUCGCACCCUGCAAGGACGAGCCGGAGGUCGCUGAGGCCAUGGAAGCGCUACGCAGCGACUGCGCCGCGGCAUAG